AUGGGAGAUAAGCAGCAGCAUACUUCCGACCGCCCACAGUACCCUUCUGAACCAUUCAACAUCAACUCUAAUCAAAUCAACGGUGACCGCAUUCAGCCUAGAAAGUCUAGUCUAACAUUCAGUCCUGCUACCAUGUCAGGACUAAAGAGUAUUGGUGAACAGCAGCAAAAACAACAAUCCACGCCUCCUUUGCUCCAGCAAAUGCCCUAUCGACGUCCUACAAAUGACAAGUCGUCCUACCUUAACCAAAUGCCGUCUGGAUAUCGUCAAAUAAGACCCACUCCAGUCAUCCCACUACCAUCUCCACCAUCAACUAGCUCUCAAAUUCGAGGAAGUGGGUCUUCUCAGCGACCUGCUACACCCCCCAACGCUGCAUCUCGAAGCCAGUCCCACUAUCCAAGCAGUCCAUCCAUAUCCUCUCCACUUCUUUCAGAGUCAUUUGCUGAUCAACCUAAUUCAAAAUAUUCCAUUACUGUCGAAUCCACAACAACCAUGUCAAAUCUGUCGGCUUUAUCCCAGAAUGAUUUACUUGCAGAAGCGCGUCGCUUGACUACCGAGUUGAAUGCAAAGGAUAGACUGCUGCACGAUUUAAAGGUCAAACAAAACUGGCUAGCAUCAGAGGUUGUUGUUUUGAAAUCUUCAGGAGCAACAGAAGGUCUGGGUAUAGACCAUAGUCAGGUGUUUGAUGCCGUGCUGAAACAUAAUGACAAAACACAGAUGGAUCCGUUCAAGAUGAAGCUAAUCCAGUCCUUGAUGCACUUUCGUGCUGAAUUGAAGAAAGCAAAGGACGCCAUCGCAUGGCAAGAAACUACAUUAAUGGAUCUUGGAAAAAAGCACACGUUGACAGAGGAUGAGGCAGCAUAUCUAAGAUCACUUGUUGACGCUCGUCGCAAAACUCCAGGUGGAUCCACGUCCGAAAUGGAAUCUCGUCGAGUCGCUGAACUUGAAAACAGUCUACGCGAAACAUCCAGCGAUUUGACAAAGGUUCAAGCAAAAGUCAGACAAUGGGCCAAAGCUUCCAAGCACAAUCAGGAAGGUCGAAUUCUUGCCGAGGCAUGUCAGAAAACGACUAUGCAAGAGCUGGCUCAAGUCCGAAUACAACUUGAAAAAUCAAAAGAGAGCGAAGCCAUUUUACGCAAACGGUUGGAAGAUACGCGAAAAACUCAGAGUCAGCAUGCCGAUCUAAUGCCUCGAGUGAUGGAACAAGAGAAAUCACUCGAUGCAAAGGAGGCUCAAAUUGGAAAUCUACAGGAUGCUUAUGUUACGGUAGAUGCAUUGGAACAAGAAACAACGACUUUACAAGAUCAGCUCAACGAGAAAUCUCGUCAGAUUCAAUCAUAUGAAGAACGAAUCGAUCAGCUGGACAAGGAAACAAAAACACUGCUUCAAAAGAAUGGAUCGUCACAGGCUGAGCUGAUAUCGCUCAAGAAAACUAACACACAGUUGCAAACGACUUUGACUGCUGCCGUUGCCAAGGCAAAAACAAUCGAGAUUGAACUGACUCGUACCAAGGAGCAGCUAGAAAAUGCUGUUAUUUCCAAAUCUACUGAUAAUGAGCCGAGUCGGACCAAGUCGUCUCCUGAUAAUGCGGGCGAUGCAGAUAGCGAUGCUGACACGGAAGCAGACACAUCUAUGGGCACCACGCUUACCCCAUCUGAACGAUCUUUACCCACUUCCAGUCGCAAUGGCAAUCCUGCAUCUUCUUCACCUCAUGCCCUCAUUAUGGCUAGCGAACGUAAACUCAACCGAGAUAGCAAAGAAUUCCACAUUAAAGUUGGUGAUCUUCAAAUGGAAAAUGCAUCACUGGUUUCAUCCAAUGCUAAACUACAACAGGAGCUCAUAUCCGCCAAUGAAGCACUUUCUAAUCUUACCGAGGCUCAUCAAAUGCUGCAGAUUAAUCAUCAAGAGCUACAAUGGAACCAUGAGGAAGCAUGUGAGCGUUUCCAGCUGUACAAGGAACGAAGCAAAAAUCCUAAUUCUGCAGAUGAAAAAGACACUACUGAGGAAACUACUCAACUUAAAGCCAAUAUCAAGGAUUUAGAAAAGGAAUUGUCAUUAUCAAAGUCAGCUUUGGAAGUAGCUGAAAAGAAAAUGCUCGAGUUGGAACAUUCUGUUGAAACUCUCACUGUCACGCAAAAGAGUAUGGCAGUCCCAUCUGCUACAACUGAUGCUUCUGUAGAGAGAAAUCUAGUUCCUACUGACUCGACAGAUGCUAAUACUCAAGUGUCGACUCUGCCAGUUGAAAGCAAAACUGAAAACACCAAACUAUCCAAGCAACAUGCAGUAGAGAUGACCAAGGCACAAUUUCGUAUUGAUGAGCUUGAAAAGCAUAUCGCAGAUGCCAAAAAAUGGAAUGAGCAAGAUGCUCUCCGAUGGAAGGAAGAUGUCUUUCGACUUGAGGAUCUCAAUGAUCAAAAUCUUGAACGCUUGGAUACACUUGAAGAAGAGCUGUUUCAAAAAUCUCAACUUGUGCUUAAGCUGGAAGAAAAACUUGAUUUGGCAUCGAUUGAGUUGGAUCGUCUUAAUUCCGAAAUGGCAAAUGUUGAACGUGGUGCAAAGACAUCUGAAAACACCACUGAUGACCAUGUUUCUGAAUCUGACAGUUUGAAAGCAGAGAUUGAGACUUUGCGAAAUGAGAUUGACAGUCUUCAAUCGCAAUUGGAUGAAAAUCGAAUGACUUCCAUUUCGUAUAUUGAACAGCUUUCCACAAAGGAUGCCCAGUUUUCCGAAAUUGAAUCGAUGCUUCAAGAAUCUGAAGCACAGCUAGACCAGUCGCUUGCAAACCUCAAAGUACGCGAGACUGAACUUGCUCAGCUUCAGCAACAGCUUGACGAGGUGACUCGAGCCCAUGACUCUGAAUAUGCCCAUAUUAAGGGACAGCAUCUUGAAGCUACCCGACAAUCAGAGAUACUUUCUGAAAAGGUUGCCACUCAUACCAAACAUAGCGAGUCUCUUCAACAGAGCCUUGAUCAAGGACAGGUGUAUAUUACUGAACUUGAAACCAAAUUGCAGAGCGAAAUAAAUUCUGUCGAGCAGCUUCGUUCACAAAUUACUGCAUUGCAACAAAAAGCUGAAGCUGCUUCUACUAACGUUUCCCGAAGCCUUGACGAUGCUUCAAGUUCUGCCAAAACGUCUACGUUGGACGCCGGUAAUACUGUUUCAUCCACAGAAAUUGCUGAAAAGGAGCGUCAAAUUUCUGAACUCACCAGUCGUAUUACUCAGCUUGAGAAGCGUAUCCGUGAGCUUAGUGGAGAUCUUGCCGAAGUUACUGCUGCUAAUCACACAGCCUUUGCAGAUAUUGAUGCGCUUAAAGCCAAAUUAGCUCAAGCUCAAACUGAACGUGAUGCAUUGGAGAAUGAGAACCAGGAACAUGCUAGUCAUAUAAAGUCUAUAAUGAUGGAUGCCAAUGCGCGUGAGCAGCAUAUUCGUCACCUUACUGGUCAACUUGAAGAGAAUACCAAGUCUGUUGGCGAGCUGGAUGAGCUGCAUGGUCAGAUUAAAAGUCGGGAUGAGCAGAUUACAGUAUUCCAGCAAGAUAUUGCAGAACACAAAAUGACCUUGUCUGAUUUGACGAGUCAACUCAAGGACCGGGAUGAGCAGAUUACAGUAUUGAAUCAAUCCAUUUUGGAGCAUGAGACUUCUUUAAAGCAUUUGACUAGUCAGAUUCAAGAACGCGAUACUCAAGUUGAGGCUCUCAAUGCUGCGCAUAAGGAGCGUGCUAUACUGCCUGUUGCAGUAGAAACCCCUGAACCUGAUCCUGCUGUUGCACUUCAUCUUUCAACCAUUGAUGAGCUUAAAAGCCAGUUAGAUACCAAGGAUCAGCACAUAUCCCAUGCCUCGAAGCAGCUGGAGGAUUUAGCAUUGGCCAAAGCAGAGGUGGAAGCGGGAGCUGCAGCAUAUGCUACUCGAGUUCAAGAGUUGGAAACCAAGCUUGCCACGGUUCACGAUGAAAAGGCAGCUCAGGAAACCACUACACGCUCUGUUGCAUUGCCAACUGAUCCCAAUCUAACCCAGCUGGUUGACGAUCUCAAGGCAGAACUAGAAGACAGAGACAACACCAUUGAACUUCUUGAACAAUCGCUUCAACAAAUACAAACCAAGGAAGAGGAACUACUUUCUCAACUACAGCAGAACAUGAAUGCGGCCAACCCUGACGAAGCUAUUCAAGCAGAGUUACAACAAGUGCGUCAACAACUUGAUCUCAUCAAUAGCGAGUUGACAGACAAGGAAAAUGCAAUUGUAACGCUCAAGCAAGAUCUGGACAUGCAGUCGUCGAUUAACGGAGAUAAUGUAAAAAUGAUCGAGACGUAUGAGAUUGAGAUUUUGUCAUUGCGGAGUGCGGUGAAUGCACACGGGCCAAAGGACGGUAAAGAAAGCGAAGUGGAGACCUUGCAUGCUGAAUUGGCAAAAAGUUAUGAAAAGAUUGCAGCGUUGCAAUCUAGCAUAGCUGAUUCUGAGGAAGAUAUCAAAAAACUCCAAGCCAUGGUUUCUCAAGCGCAAAUGCGUAUUGAAGAGUUGGAGAAUGACAACACUCAAUACUUGACCAAGAUUAGCAAAUUAGGUGAACGACUUGCACAGGCUGAUGCUCAGCGAAGACAAACAUUAGAUCCGACAGCUCAACAAGCUACUGCCGCGAUUCUCAAGGCUUCACAGCAGCAGGCAGAUGACUUUACUGCUACAAUUGAAGAACUGAACGUGGAAGUCAAAAACGCAUAUGGUAAAGUGGCUGCCCUGCUAACAGAGAAAAGUCGAAUGGCGGACCAAAUUGAAGAUUUGGAGGAGGAAAAGCAUGGAUUGCAGCGCAAGUACCAACAAAUGGCUACUCAAUUGGAAGAGCUAAAGCAAGGCAAAUAA